AAAAACAGAGGAAGAAGCAUUUGGAAUAGUUGUAUUGAGAAAAGCGCUUGCUUUGUUUUCCAAAUGUCACUCAGUCUCUGUGACAUCUCUAAAACUCAAACUCGUAAUAAUAGAAAUAACACACUUUGCACUCUUUCCAACGUUGUUUAUCUUUCUCUUUAUACCCACACGCCCAUAAUUACUUCCAUUAAUUCUGCCAAAUGGAUUCCUCUCUCUCUUUCCACACUCCAACUAACAAUGCCAUCUCACAACCGGAACAACCGCCGCCUCCACCGCCUCCGCCGCCGCCUCCUAACUCACAUUCGCCACCCGCACUCUUAGUUCCCAAACCCGAACCCUUCUGGGCCUCUGACCAUGACGAUAUCGGAGACGAACUCGACCUAUUCACUGAGUUCAACCGAGUUACCGAGUUGUUCCACCUUGCCUUCGGACCCACCAAUGUCGUCCUUCCCCCCUACUCCUUCGGACCUCAACCUGCUUCACCCACAUGCUCCGACCCCCUUCCUGCUGCGGAUGUCCAUUCGGCGGUUCAGGAACACCCGAAUUCGUUGUCCUCCACCAGCGACGCCUCGAGAGCGAUCGUCCCCGUGGAGGACCUCACGGUGAGCGUUGCGCCGCCGCGGAAGCAGAGCCGGCAGAAGGAGCUGGUUCGGGUAAUGGGUCUGUCGGUGAGGGAACAGGCACAGCUGCGGGAGACGGUGAGGCGCACGCGCUUGGUGUACGACUCGGUGCGCGUGUAUACCGCUGUGGAGGAGGAGAGGCGGGUGCCUGCCUUGGCGGCUGCGGCAGCGGCGAGGGAGGCGGCAAGGGAGGCGGAAUCAAGGAGGAGCAGGAAGAGGAGAAAGUGGUGGAGGGCCGGACUCGACGUCUCCGCGGGGACCUGCGAGCUGCUGGACUGA